UACUCCCCGUCGUGCAAUGACUUCGGUUGGGAAAAGUGGAGUCGAAUUAAUUUUUAAACAUUGCUGUCUUUUCCUGUGUUCGAAAGGAAGCACCUUUUCAUCGCUCCUUGACCCGAUGACUUUUUCCACAAAGGUUAAGUAAUUGAGGCAUAUAGGUUAGGAGUUUUGACUAUUCGUAGAGGCCCCCGGACUGACAGGUGAAGGAUCAUCCUACCUGGUAUUUUAAUGAAGGGUAAUUAUAAUCCGAACAGCUACCACAGGGAAACGCCCAGAAAUGAACCUCCCGGUCACGGAGAGGAAACGAAACCUUAUUUCUAAACCUUCAGACACAACAACAUGACGGCCAACGAGUUUCUGGAGAUUGAGCUGCGGCUGAACGCGGAGCUCGACCAGUUGGUGUUCGGCUCCCCGGUACGGUACGUGUACCGCCCGUUGCAUUACGCCUGGGAGCCGCACAAAGCCUUCGUCCAGAAGUUCUGUCGGGGAGGCCAGAGUUUCCUUUUCCUGGGGAUGAACCCCGGACCUUUCGGCAUGACGCAGACGGGGGUCCCGUUCGGGGAGGUCAACGUGGUGCGCGACUGGUUCGGGAUCACGGGCGAGGUGGGGCGUCCCGCGGAGGAGCACCCCAAGAGACUCAUCACAGGGUUGGCCAGCACCAAGAGCGAAGUGAGCGGGGCCCGCUUCUGGGGCCUCUUCCGGCAGCUCUGCGUGGAGCCGGAGCGGUUCUUCCGCCACUGCUUUGUGCACAACCUGUGCCCGCUCAUGUUCAUGGCUGAGAGCGGCAAGAACCUCACGCCCCCGGAGCUGGCGGUGGGGGAGCGCAACGACCUGCUGGCGCUGUGUGACGCGGCGCUGUGCCAGGCGGUCCGGGCGCUGGGGGUCACCAUGGUGAUCGGCGUGGGACGGGUGGCGGAGCACCGGGCGAGGAAAGCUCUGGCUGCCGCCGGUAUGGGCGACGUGAGGGUGGAGGGGAUCAUGCAUCCCUCCCCCAGGAACCCUCAAGCCAAUAAGGGCUGGGCAGAGGUUGCUAUGGUUACGCUGGAGGAACUGGGUGUCCUUGCUCUUUUGAGGAACGAGUGACCCUGGGCCAAGUGUACCUGCAGUGAGAACCGCCUCGUCGUGGUGGAUGUUGAACUCAAAGCACUGGGACCAGUGAGAACCGCCUCGUCAUGGUGGAUGUUGAACUCACUGCACUGGGACCAGUUAGCUGUUUUAUUCCCCAAUAGCUGAGGGGAAAAAGCCUUCUGGAAAGCCUUCUUUUUAGCUUAAUCUAUCUUGAUUUCUGACACUAAUGGAAAGACAGUUAUCGCUUUAUUAAUAUAUAUCAGGGGAGCAUUUUCAGAUAUUUAUUUGGAAUCGCAUCUGCACUGUAAAUCUUAUGCUCAGCUAGCAUAAACCUGCAGGGUUUUCCUUUGCAUUCAAAGGGAUUUAAAAGUCACUGAAAGACUGCUUUCUUAAAUCAUGGGUAUAGGAACACUAAUCUUCCAAAGAGCUGGGGUUUUUUUGCAAUAUGUGCAUCAUCUCGAUGCCUUGAAGAGAGGUAGUACCAACAUGUACCUUUUUAUGUUUUAUUCAUUUUAGGUGAAAAGGAACAGCCAUUAUUUACUGUGUUUGAUGCCCAGUAUCCCCCAGUAGGCAUCAUGAGGAGAUCCCAGUCGCUCUCUAGGACAUUGUCUCCUAAAUGACAAUAGUUCUGCUUUUACACUAACGGGAAAAACCACUCCAUGGGUUUUCUCAAAGACCAUAUUUAAUUCAUUUCCUCCUUGUGCUGAACACAAUACACUUUUUGUUUUCACAAUUUAAUACUAUUCAACGUAUUUAAAAACGUUGUCAAGAAAGUUAUCAUGUUUUGUUGCUUUCUUUAUUUUAAAUAAAAUAUUUUCAAAAUGAUUUGAA